AUGGCUCGCAAGUUCUUCGUCGGAGGAAACUGGAAGAUGAACGGCGAUUUCGCCUCCGUCGAUGGAAUCGUCGCUUUCCUCAACCAAUCCGCCGACAACUCCAACGUCGACGUCGUAGUCGCGCCACCAGCUCCAUACUUGGCGUAUGCCAAAGCCAACUUGAAGGCUGGAGUGCUCGUUGCUGCCCAGAACUGCUACAAGACAGCAAAAGGAGCAUUCACCGGAGAGAUCUCGCCAGCCAUGAUUAAGGAUCUCGGAUUGGAAUGGGUCAUCCUUGGCCAUUCUGAGCGUCGCCACGUCUUCGGGGAGAGUGAUGCCCUGAUCGCCGAGAAGACUGUCCACGCUCUUGAGUCUGGAAUCAAGGUUAUCUUCUGCAUUGGAGAGAAACUCGAGGAGCGUGAAGCUGGACACACAAAGGACGUGAAUUUCCGUCAGCUCCAAGCCAUCGUUGAUAAGGGAGUCAGCUGGGAAAAUAUCGUGAUCGCCUACGAACCAGUGUGGGCCAUCGGAACCGGAAAGACUGCAUCGCCGGAGCAAGCUCAAGAGGUCCAUGAAUGGAUCCGUGCGUUCCUCAAAGAGAAGGUCUCUCCAGCCGUGGCGGAUGCCACCCGCAUUAUCUACGGAGGAUCCGUGACUGCCGAUAACGCCGCAGAGCUCGGAAAGAAGCCAGACAUUGACGGUUUCCUGGUCGGUGGAGCCUCGUUGAAGCCUGAUUUCGUCAAGAUCAUCAACGCCAGAUCUUAA